ACUUCCUAUAACUUUCAACAAAUAUUCCACUCCUCGGUCAAUUCCAGUCGUCUCCCCGUAUUCGCCAAAGUCGACCGGAACUAUGGGUGGAGACUUGAACUUGAAGAAAAGCUUCCACCCGGGUCUGUUGAAGAACCAGGCCAAGGUUUGGGAGGAAGAGAAGAAGGCGCUCGACGAACGCAAGAAGACACAACAACGCAUCAACGAGCUCAAAGAGGAGCGAGCGCGCGAAGAGAUCCAGAGACAACUCGAGGCCGCCGGCCACAGCAAGCGCGUCGACCGCGUCGAUUUCCUAUACAAUGGCCCCACCGACGGGCAGACGGGCACCACCGAGGAGACGGAGGGCUACCUCCUGGGCAAGCGGCGCAUCGACAACCUGAUCAAGGGGAACGACCACAAGAAGCUCGAAAAGCAGGCCAGCCAGGAGAGCUUCAUGGCGCUGCAGUCGGCGAACACGGCCAGGGACACGGCCGCCAAGGUCCGCGAGGACCCGUUGCUCGCCAUCAAGAAGCAGGAGCAGGCCGCCUACGAAGCCAUGAUGAACGAUCCCAUCAAGCGACGACAGCUUCUCGCCUCUAUGGGGAUCGAGGGGGGAAAUAAGAAGGACAAGGACAAGGACAAGGGCAAGGGCAAAUCGUCCAGGCGGCGCGACGAUGAGCGGAGGAAACGGCGGCACCGACAUGGGGAUGACGACUCGGACGAGGAUCGGCAUCGCAGGCGGAGUCGGCGCUCGCUCUCGAGGUCAAAGUCGAGGUCGCGGAGUCCUCGGCGGCGCAGAGAUCGGUCCCACGACGGGGAGAGAGAUCGAGACAGGAAGAGGCGGAGGGAGUCCCCCAGGCGCAGCUCUCCUAGGCGCAGCAGCAGGCGACAUGACUCGGAGGGAGACGAUACGGUGGAGCGGCGCCGCGAGAGGCGGUCCAGGUCGCCUCGGUCACGGCGCGACGAUGACAGAGAUGACCGGCGGAGUCGGCGAAGCGCGAGGGACAGGUCGCCGGAGCCACGACGUUCUCGCCACGUCGACGACCGAGAAGACGACCGAGAAGACGACCGAGAAGACGACAGAGACAGAGACAGAGACAGAGACGCCUUCCGCGGGCGUGGAAACCACAACGGCGGCACACGUCCUGCCGAUGGCGACAGGUGGAAUGGCGGGCACAAGAACGGAAACAGGAACGGUCGCCGGGGUAGCGACAGGAACGGCGGGAGCUCGACGAGCAAGGCGGACGAGGAGGAAGAAAAGGCGCGCAAGCUCGCUGCGAUGCAGUCGGCGGCGAACGAGCUGGAUGGCGUCCGCGAGCAAAGGCUGGCGGCUCUGGCGGAGCGGGAGAGGGCCGCCCGGGAGGCGGAUGACGAGGCGAGAAAGCGCGCGGCCAAGUACGGCGGGGACCGAGCUUUCACCAACAAACUACAUCGCAAGGCCGGGGAGAUGGGCUUGGCGGAGAGAAUUGGACGAGGGCGCCAGGGUUAUCAGCGUGACGACGAUUAGGAGGAACGGCCUUUGUGCACAUGUCGGCUUCCCGACCUAACGCGUAAAUUAAACUAUAACAGAAGACCGCCAGACGGUAUUUGACUUUUCCCCCGGGUCUCGAUGGUUAGUUGCCUGCCGAAUCUGCCCACCUUUUGGUUUGAAGGCCAUUAGUAGCAAGCUACGUCCUCGGCCACGAAACUCGUGUCCCACGGUUUUAGGUCGACUUGUCCACCCCGGAUUGCGCUCGAGGACGACCUACGAUUCCUAAUACCAAUUAACGCUCACCACCUUUUCCAUACCC